AUGGGUUGGACAAAACGUGGUAAUGGACGUAGCUAUGACAGCUUGAACGGUUGUAGUACAAUUAUUGGAUUUUUAUCGGGAAACAUUUUGGAUUACACGACGAAAAAUCGAAAAUGCCGGAAAUGCGAUAUGGGUCGUAAAAAAGAAGACCAUGACUGUCGAUUAAAUUUUUACGGUAGUGCUAAAGUGAUGGAGCCUGCGGCAGGAGUUGAACUUGUCAAUCACAGCAGCAUCUUAAAGGAAGCUGGUCUUCAAAUACGAGCCAUCAUAGGAGACGAAGACAGUUCUAUGAUUGCUGCUGUACGAGCAUACAAUCCAACUCAAGAAUUUCAUAAAUUAUGUGAUAAAAAUCACUUGACCAAGAAUUUUGGGACAGCAUUGUGGAAAAUGCAAUCGAGUUAUAAAGAAUUGGCUAGACAGGGUGUUUCUCCUCACAUUAAAAAAUGCUUCUCAUAUGCUGUGUCUCAAAAUAAGGGGAAAUCUGAACAGUUGGCUUUAAAUUUGAAGCAAAUACCUGAUCACUUAUUCAGUAGACACGAAAAUUGCGGUAAUUGGUGCAAUCCUAAUAAAAAGCAUACACUCAAUCUAUCAGAUGAAACUUUAUACGGUGCAUUAGUUAACUUAUUUGAAGUAUAUGCCGCUAACUCACAUAAAUUCUCUGUAGUGGCUUCAAGCCAAGGCAAUGAGAGUUUUAAUAAUGUUGUAGCUCAUAAAGCUCAUAAAAACAAAUGUUUGAGCACAAGUGCUGCUUGUGAUAUCAGAGUUGCAUCUGCUUUUUGUGUUAAAAAUGAUGGUGAUAAGAGUGUUUUGAAUAUUCAAAAAAAGUUAAAUCUUCCUAAUGGACUUCAAACGGUUAAAUACGUUCGUCAAAUGGAUGUACACCGAGAGAAGAUAACGAUAUUUAACCAGACAAAGGGUAAAAAAAUACGUCGAUUAGAAUUGAAGAGAAAGAGAGAGCUUUUGAGGAAAAAUAAUGAAAAAAGUGAGGGUAUUACUUAUGAAAGUAAUUGCGGGAUUAAUAGAUUAAAUGAUUAUGUUCGUGAUAGCAAAAAGAGUAACAUUAUUGAUGAACAUGAAACAAUUGUCGUUUACUUCGACAUUGAAACUACUGGAUUUGCAGCUGAUGCUCAUAUUCUACAAAUAGCUGCUAUCUGUGACACAGAAGUUUUUAAUGUUUACAUUCACACCAAAACUAACAUCUUCGCGUCAGCGAGUGCCGUUACUAAACUUCACCAUGAUCAUGGGAAAAAUUUAUUUCAUGAUAAGAAGAAGGACUAUCCACGACUCCACCAAAUCUCGCACCCCAUUUUUCCGAGCGGCUUUGGGGAUCCAACUGUCACGACGCCAUUUUGA